UUCUUCCUUUGGUGGUUGGCGGGGUUGGUGAAGAAAACGUCAAAACAUGGGCUUUCCAGAUUCCAGAUGCUAGUGUCUUAUUUCGAAAUUUGAUUUGAAAAAUGGCAACUUUUUUUUUUUUUUUGGGUUUCUCUGCCUCCGAAGCCUAUUUUCCUCACACUGGCCAGACUUUUGGACUUUCGUGCUGCUCCCAUCCGUCAAUUCAUCUCAAAACUCCAACCUCCCGGAGGACCUGCUGAUACAGCUGGAUCAUGGCAAACGAUUCCAGUUCUAACACUCAGAAGAAGCUUGUUAAAAUCGAUAUUAGUUCUGAUUCUGUAUGCCCAUGGUGCUUUGUUGGCAAAAAGAAUCUAGACAAAGCCAUUGCUUCUGCUCAGGACAAAUACGACUUUGAGAUAAAAUGGCAUCCUUAUCAACUCGACCCAGACGCCCCAAAAGAAGGUGUUGACAAGAGAGACUAUUACAGAAGAAAGUUCGGAUCUCGAUCCGAACAGAUGGAAGCUCGGAUGUCAGAGGUUUUUGGGAAAGUAGGCCUGGAAUAUAAUAUGUCUGGAUUAACGGGAAACACUUUAGAUAGCCAUAGGCUUAUAUAUUUUGCUGGACAGCAGGGCUCUGAGAAGCAACAUCGCCUGGUAGAAGAAUUGUUUCUGGGCUACUUCACACAGGGAAAAUACAUUGGUGACUAUGAUUUUCUUCUGGAAUGUGCCAAGAAGGUGAACUUAGAAGGGGCAGCUGAGUUUCUUCAAGAGCCCAACAAUGGGCUCAAGGAGGUUGAGGAUGAGCUCAAUACACCCUCCGGAAACGUCAGAGGGGUUCCAUUCUAUGUGAUCAAUGGAAGUUGCAAAGUUAGUGGCGCUCAGCCCCCUGAGCUCUUCAUGAAAGCUUUUGAAUAUCAAGAGUAGAGUGUGCCACAUCUUCAAGUUGUACAGUGCUGCUGCUGAAUAAAGAUACAUGAGACGCUGCAAAAACAUUGCAAUAUUAUACUGCCUGCAAACUCUUCCAAUUAAGAAGAUCAUGUGCUCUAUUUUGGAUCCCUCCAUGUUUCUUGUCUUGGUAUUCGAAAUUGAAACCGAUAAAUAUUGUGUUGUGUUGGCAUGUA